GUUCACAGGAAGUUUCUGAAAGGGGAGGGAGGAUUCCGCCCGCUCGCCUCACUUUCUGGAGUCGCCGCCGCCGCUUGAGGCAGCUUUAUCCCGAAUUGAGUGCGGGCGGGCGCACAGCAAAGUCCAAGUUCCUUGCUCGCUGGCAAGAACACCCGGGGUGGUCAAGUGCCGCUGUGGGAGGAUGGCGGCCGCCCUGGGACCCUCCGCAGCGGCGCGCUCGUCCCUGAAUCCCACAGAGAUGUUUUUAGAGCCCUCCCGUUUGCUGCUUACCUAUGCGGAUAAAUAGCAUCAGACACCCAAAUGAAGAAAAAUAUCGGUCUAUUUGGAUUGAAAACCAAGGCUUUUUCACUAGAUUGUUGCCUGUCAGAGGAGCUGUUGAAUGUCCUUUUGAAAUGGGGUUUGAAGAGGGGGGAAACCCGUCUCGUUUUUCCUAAGGACGACACAUCGAUUGAGCAGUUGCGCAAAAUCCGAGACCUAGUUGCUGGGGAGAGAAAUAGCUGAUUGAAUGGAUUGAAUACAACCGAAAUGUCAGGAUCCUCUAGAAGAGUAACAGACAUGCAGCCUGUUGCACACCGGCCGUCAAGAACUCUUGAUUCCAAUCAGGACUCAACUGCUCAGCCUGCUGUCAUGACAUUUGAAUCAAUCUUCUUGAAGACCCUUCAAUCAAACUUUCUGCAUGUAAUGGUAUAUGAGAACCCUAGUUUACAAAAGAAAGCCUUGGCUUGCAUCCCGAUCCAAGAACUGAGCAGGAAUGCUCACGAAAAGCUGAUCCAAGCAAGGAAAAUGGACAGAGGACAUGCAUUGAAUGAACAGGACAUACUGUUGCUGGAGCUCCUGAACUGGUUUAAAUGUGAUUUUUUCCAGUGGGUAAAUAACCUUACGUGCAGCAAGUGUGGGGGCCAGACAGAAUCUAAAGAAAAUUUGUCGCCUAGCGAAGACGAUCUGAGAUGGGAUGCGAGUAGGGUUGAAAAUCACUUCUGUAACCAUUGCCAAUUCAGCAACCGGUUUCCCAGGUACAACAAUCCCGAGAAACUUCUGGAAACUAGGCGGGGCCGUUGCGGAGAAUGGUCCAACUGCUUCACCCUCUUCUGCAGAGCUGUGGGCUUUGAAGCAAGAUAUAUUUGGGAUGCAACAGAUCAUGUGUGGACCGAAGUUUAUUCCUCAUCCCAGCAAAGAUGGCUUCACUGUGACCCUUGUGAAAACGUCUGUGACAAACCCCUCCUCUAUGAGAUGGGCUGGGGGAAAAAGCUCUCCUACAUUAUUGCAUUUUCUAAAGACGAGGUUGUUGAUGUCACCUGGCGCUACUCUUGUAAACAUGAGGACCUGCUCCCACGGAGGACCCAGGUCAAAGAAGCAGUCCUACGAGAAACUAUCAAUAACCUUAAUAAUGUGAGACAGCAGUCUUUGACGGAAGGAAGGAGAAGGGAGCUCUUAGAAAGAAUAAUUGUGGAGCUCGUUGAGUUCAUUUCUCCUAAAACCCCUAAGCCGGGAGAACUUGGCGGAAGGGUAUCGGGAUCAGUGGCUUGGAGAGUCGCCAGAGGUGAAAUUGCUUUGGAGAGCAAAGAAAGAAUUUUUAUUCCAACUGGAAAAGAGAAGGCCUCUAAGCUUCUCCACCUUAGGUACAAUAUAGUAGAAGAUUGUUACACACGGAUAUCCAAUAAUAAUGAAAAGAUUAGUGGAUGGGAAAAAGGAGUAUGGAGGAUGGACUCUAUGUGGAGAAAGGUUGAAUCAGACUGGAAAAUGGUUUAUUUAGCUCGAAAAGAAGGAUCAUUAUCUGGUUACAUCUGCUGGAAGUUUGAGUGUGGCUCAGUUGGGCUAAAAAUUGACAGCAUUUCAGUCAAAACGAGCAGCCAGACAUUUCAGAGUGGAAAAGUAAGGUGGAUGCUGCGAUCUGGCAACACUGUAGUUGAUGUAAACGGAGAUAAAAGUCUUCAUUCUUAUCCUGGUAUUUCCAACGUAACAGAUGUUAUCUUGGAAGCUGAACUAAGUGGCGGGGAAGGUGAUAUUGCAUGGCAACACACUCAGCUGUUUAGGCAAAGUUUAAAUGAGGCUGAGGAUUGUUUUGAGAUCAUUUUAAAAUUCAGUGAUCUUUGAAUAUCUAGAUAGAUAUUUACAGAAGGCAUCUGUAUCAAGCAAGGACUUCUGGCACAAAAUAUAAGAGAAAUAUAUGAACUACGUGAAAACGUCUUGUCUAAAACAUUGUAUCUUUCUUAUGACUGUUGAGAAGAAACAAAUUUUGUUAAUGUGAAAAAUAAAUCCUUGAAAACUAGCACCAAAUAGUUACAUAUCAAAGGGGAAAGAUGCAUCACUUUGCAUUUAAAAGGCAAGAGAAAUUAAGUCUGCAAUUCUAUGCACAUUUACUUGAAAGUAAAUUCCAUUGAACAAAGUAGGAGUUACCUCUGAGUAAACAUGCAUACUCUUAGGUUGCAUAUAAUUGAAAAUUAAUAUUUUCUUAUGUUCAAUCUAUACUGAAAGGUGUUUUUUUAUUACAACUGAAUGAAGAUUUUAGCUUCUUUCAACUCUGGAUUUUGGAAUUUGUUAAAAAUGCCUCAUGUUAUGUUUUAUGUCAUCUGUUUGCUCAUAAUUUUAUAAUAGACAAUUUAUUGCAUUCCUAAUAUUGAAGUAAGAUUAUGGAACUGCAGAAUGAUUACUAGCUCCUGAUAUAAUUUUUGCUUGAAUUUAUUAGGCUUUCGGAAUUGAAACUUUGUAGACAAAGAGCUAAUUUUGAUGACUGUUAAGUCCUCCUUAAAUCUCCCCAGAUGAAAUUUUUUAUAUAUAGAUAUACUAGAACUAAAUAUUUUGGAGCUUGGUUGGAAAAAAUAAAGGUAUUGUGUCCCUGAAA